UCCUUCUCCUCCUCAGUCUCCACACACACACACACACACUUCUAAACACAGGCGGCGUGUGCUUGCAUUGCAGCUCACAGCACACAGAUGGAUGGAGCUAGCGUGUGUGUGAGAGAGAGUGAGUUAGCCGGGAGUGAGCCGUAGCUGGCUGACUGGCUGACUGGCUGUGCAGACACAGGGGAGAGUGUCACCGUCUCAGGCUGGGUGUGGAGAACUCUCUCUGGGGUAGGGAGACCACAGGACCAGGGUUCUCCCAGGGCUCUAUAGCAGCUGCAGCAGGUGGACAGCUAGCCGGAUGGGCCAAUGGGUGGCUGAGGGAAGGCAUGCAGCAGUAACCACGGCAACAGUGGUAUCGGCUGUAAGGGGCACAGGGACAUGCUGAGGAUGGGCACUCGGCCACGGCAACCCCCGGACCUGCGGCAACGGGAGAAGGGCAGGCUGCUGGCAGCGGUGGCUCUGGUGGAGCAGGAGGAGGAUGAGGAGGAAGACUCAGAGGAAGGCAGCAGUGGAAGCGGGGGCAGUGACAGCGCCAGCCGGGCAGAAGAAGGGGCCAAGGCCACCAAAGUCCCCACCUUCGAUGUCCCCUACUUCCGCUACAUAGACGAGGAGGAGUCAGAGGGAGAGGGGGAUGGAGAGGAGGUGUGGAGCAGCAGUCGCUCUCUGUCCUCCAUCGAGGACGACUCGUCCAGUGACAGUGUUGUCUCUGACAGGUACGUGGUGGUGUCAGGGACCCCAGGGAAGAUCCUAGAACACCUGCUGUCUGUCUUGAGGCUGGACAACCACCGUGAUGACCAGGGGAGCACACAGCAGAUCAAGGAGUCAGAGCCUCUCCUGGAUGACUUCCUGCUGACAUACCUGGUGUUCAUGUCAACCAGUGAUCUGUGUCAGGCUCUCCUGGGACACUAUUGUUCUAAGAGACACCACCGGGGGAAAGAGGAAGGGAAGGAGGUUCUGGACAGGAAACGUCAGGUCCUGCACCUGGUGACACAGUGGACAACACUGUACAGGGACUUCCUACGAGAAGACGAGCAUGUUAAACUCUUCAUGAAGACAUUGUAUCGUUUCCUCCUGGAUGACCUGUAUGAGUAUCCAACUCUAGAGAAGGAGCAGAAGGACCUGCAGAAACUCCUGCGGCUGCAUCGCAGACAUACAGCGGAGGAGUAUUCACCCCACAGAAAGAGCAAAGCUCUUUCCCAUCAGCUGAGCCUGAAAGAGAACGUGCUCCCGACCAGAGGAACACAAAGGGAGACCAGGGAAGUGUUGUGUCAUGUGUACGUGAGCAUGGACUCAUAUCUGAGUGUGAGGAGCCUGGCCAGUGUUGUGGCCCAGGGGCUGCUGCAGGAGGUGGCUGAGAGACUGGAUGUCCCCCUGGAGGAGCUCAUCCUGCUGGCUGUCACCUACCCUGGAGAGAAACUCCUCCUGAAGCCUCAGGACAGGCUCUACUCUGAUUCGCUGACAGCAGUGGGGAGGCUGCACGUGUGCAGAAAGGACCUGAGUGAAGUCAUGAGCCCGUUCACAGACAACGCAGAGCUACAACAGAGGUCAGCUCGCAUGCUGAGUAUGAACACAUGGGACGUGGCUGUCACCCUUACAAACUUUGACUGGAGUGUCUUCAACUCAAUACAUGAGCAAGAGCUGGUGUACUUCACGUUCAGCCGUCAUGCCAGCAGCGGCCACACGGUGGCGCUGGAGCUGCUGCUGCAGCGCUGCAAUGAGGUACAGCUGUGGGUGAUGACAGAAGUCCUGAUGUGUCCUACGCUCUGCAACAGAGUCCAGCUCAUCAAGAAGUUCAUCAAAAUCGCUGCCCACUGUAAAGCCCAGAGGAACCUCAACUCUUUCUUUGCCAUCGUUAUGGGUCUGAACACCGCAGCAGUUAGCCGCCUCAGUCAGACCUGGGAGAAAGUUCCAGGAAAAUUCAAAAAACUGUUUUUGGAACUGGAGAUGUUGACAGACCCCUCUCUCAACCACAAAGCCUACAGGGACGCUUUCAAGAAGACCAAGACGCCCAAGAUCCCUUUCCUUCCUCUGCUACUGAAAGACAUCACUUUCAUUCACGAGGGCAACAAAACAUUUCUCGAUAACCUGGUGAAUUUUGAGAAGCUGCACAUGAUAGCCGACACGGUGCGUCUCAUCAGACACUGUCAGGAGGAUCACAUGGGGAACGGGAUGCCCCAGAAGAGCAGUCCGGAGGUGCAGGCCUAUGUCGACUACCUUCACGUCAUUGACAAUCAGCAGACUCUGUUUGAACUGUCCCACAGACUGGAACCCCGUGUGUAGAUAGACCACAUACACUCUCUGAGCCUGCCUCCCUCCACCCCUCGAAGUCAGACCACCAAGGAGAAGGGUACCAACUAGUCUCUGGAAACACCUCUCAGGACUCAUAGAGAGACAUGGGUUGGCCAACUCUACAGAGCCCAGCUCUAACACACACACACACACACACACACACACACACACACACACACACACACACACACACACACACACACACACACACACACACACACACAGGAUUCUAUUAAUCAGCUGCUCACACAGCAGGACUUGAUGAGUUGAAUUAGGUGGGUUAAUGCAGGACUGGAACAAAAGCCAGAGGGAUAGGGUUGGCCAGAGCCAACAGAGAGAUGACUGUGUGGCGCUGGCCAACCACUAGAUGGCGCCAAAAGGCAUACUGGAAUACUGAGCAACGAUGGAGCAGAGGUAACCAAAGAGCUUCUCAGUUUAACAAAUAGAUCUGGACCCGUAUUGAUGAAAGGAUCCCAGAGUAGGAGUGCUGAUCUAGGAUUUGUUUAGCCUUUUGGUUCAUAAUGAAUGGACAGGGACCUAGAUCAGCACUCCUACUCAGUGAUGUCCUGGUAGAUAAAUAGGUGGAUAAACUUGGAUUGCUGGUCGCAGUGAAAAAAGUAAUGCUUCCUAUUCUUUCAAUGCAUUUUUCUGCAAAAUGUGGGUACAUUGUUGGGGCCCUCCCCCCAAAAAGGUGGGUACAUUGUUGGGGCUCUCCCCCCAAAAAGGUGGUUACAUUGUUGGGUCCCUCCCCCAAAAAGGUGGUUACAUUGCUGGGGCCCUCCCCCCAAAAAGGCAGUUACAUUGUUGGGUCCCUCCCCCAAAAAGGUGGGUACAUUGCUGGGGCCCUCCCCCAAAAAUGUGGGUACAUUGCGUUUACCCUCCACUACACCAGUGAUCCUACUCUGAGACUCUUCAUGAAUAUGGACCCUGCUUCAGUCACUCUGUAUUGAUAGCUUCAGGUUGUUGUUAUCUGCUUCCAAACAGGUGACCACUCCCUGAUUAUCUAUCUACACACAAUGAAUGAAAGCAUCAACCUUCUGGGGACUUGAACACCAGGACACUACACUUGACAGACCUCCAGUGCAUGACCACCACACACUAGACUGCUGUUAAGCUAAAUGGAUUUAAACAACAAUAUUGAAAAGUGUGGUGUGUGUGUGUGUGUGUGUGUGUGUGUGUGUGUGUGUGUGUGUGUGUGUGUGUGUGUGUGUGUGUGUGUGUGUGUGUGUGUGUGUGUGUGUGUGUGUGUGUGUGUGUGUGUGUGUUGCAUAAAUGUCACUUCCAAAUACUGAAAAAAAGAUCAUUCAAAAUAUUUCAGAGUAAAGUGUGAGGUAAUAAACCAUCCUCGACAGCAGAAGGGUGCUGUUACAGUUAUAGAUAAUGUAAUAAACCAUCCUCAACAGUAGAAGGGUUAUGUUACAGGUAUAGAUAAUGUAAUAAACCAUUCUCAACAGCAUAAGGGUUAUCUUACAGUUAUAGAUCAUGUAAUAAACCAUCCUCAACAGUAGAAGGGUUAUGUUACAGCUAUAGAUAAUGUAAUAAACCAUCCUCGACAGCAGAAGGGUUUUGUUACAGCUAUAGAUAAUGUAAUAAACCAUCCUCAACAGUAGAAGGGUUAUGUUACAGCUAUAGAUAAUGUAAUAAACCAUCCUCAACAGUAGAAGGGUUAUGUUAUAGUUAUAGAUAAUGUAAUAAACCAUCCUCAACAGUAGAAGGGUUUUGUUACAGUUAUAGAUCAUGUAAUAAACCAUCCUCAACAGUAGAAGGGUUAUGUUACAGUUAUAGAUAAUGUAGUAAACCAUUCUCAACAGUAGAAGGGUUUUGUUGCAGUUAUAGAUAAUGUAAUAACCCUUCUACUGUUGAGAAUGGUUUACUACAUUAUCUAUAACUGUAACAUAACCCUUCUACUGUUGAGGAUGGUUUAUUACAUUAUCUAUAACUGUAACAAAACCCUUCUACUGUUGAGAAUGGUUUAUGUUACAGCUAUAGAUAAUGUAAUAAACCAUCCUCAACAGUAGUAGAAUGGUUAUGUCACAGUUACAGAUCAUGUAAUAAACCAUCCUCAACAGUAGAAGGGUUCAAUUACAGUUACAGAUCAUGUAAUAAACCAUCCUCAACAGUAGUAGAAGGGUUAUGGUCACAGUUAUGGACUUAGCUGGUGGACUUAGAUGUUUGGUCUUAGCUGUGGACACUCAGAGACGUAUCUUGAGGCAUCAGAUCCUUUGCCUGUCAUGUCUCUGUAUCUGCACUAUGAAGAAACAGCAAUACACCAAGUCGACACUUUUGCCUUUGAACAUUCUUGUCCAGUUAAAACGCCUUUGCCUUCUUCUUUCAGUGGCAGUAUUAGUUAAUCUUAUAGAAACGGCUAAUAAACUGUACAUGUCUAUGAGCCAUCCACCUGCAGGAUGUUGUGUCCUGUUCUAGAGAAUCCUCUUGGUGAAUGUUUCAGUGGUUUAGAAAAGAGAUCAGACCCUGAUAUAGAGGUUCUUCAGUAGCACCACCAGUUCUCCUGUUGUGGAUUCCCCUGAUGUGUAAUGUGUGUAUCACAGAGAUGAAACACUUCUAUAUCUAUGGUGUGUAUAGUGUUUUGAGGCAGGUCAUGUACUAUAGAUUCCAUCUAUAUACUGUAGUAUGUUGUGCGUUCCCUGGUUGGACAUGGAGAUUUGGAGAAGUAUUUAUUAUUAUGAUAAUAGACUUAUUUAUUUGCUCGUUGUGCACUACUUUUGACCAGGUAGUGUACUAUGUAGGGAAUAGGGUAUCAUUUGUGUCCUUUUUACCUGCCGUGGGGUUCCAAUAGGUCAGGACCUGGUCUGCAUGACGUGGUAAAGCCAUGGAUCGACCACCAAGUAUAAUAUGCAUGGAACAAAAAGCAUUUCCUUGUGAAGUAGUGCUUUUCUACAUGUCGCUACAACGCCCAAAUCAGCAUGUACUAACAAAUAUUAUUUCAGAAAGGGAAACAAAAGCAAUACCAAGUCACUGCUCUUCUCUCUCAUCACUCUUUAUGCUUUUCGUUUUUUACAGUCAUUUUGAAAUGUUAAAUAAUAAAUGAAAUGUUUUGUUGUAUGAAUACAG